AUGACAAAACCAGGCCAGGGAGCUGAGGGCGAUGCUGUAGCCGCACCCCCCGUGGCCAUCACCACUGCUGCCACCGCCGCCGCCGCCCCCCAGGCCGCGGCUAGCUCGGCCGCUCCCGUGAUUGCUCCCGGGGCCGAUGCGGAGUCGUACGAGCAGCAGCACGUGCACAGCGUCUACGAGUCCAUUGCCUCGCACUUCUCGGCCACCCGCUACAAGCCGUGGCCCGUCAUCGCCUCCUUCCUGCUCUCGCUCCCCCCCGGCGCCGUGGGCCUGGACGUCGGCUGCGGCAAUGGCAAGUACCUGGCCGUCAACCCGCACGUCCACAUCGUGGGCUCGGACCGCAGCGCCAACCUCGUGCGCAUCGCCCGCGACCACGGCGGCGACAGGCGCUGUGACGUCGCCGUCGCCGACGGCCUGGCCCUGCCCUUCCCGCCCGGCAAGGCCGACUUCGCCAUCUGCGUCGCCGUCAUCCACCACAUGUCCACCCGGCAGCGGAGGCAGGAGGCCGUGCGGGCGCUGCUGGAGUGCGUGCGGCCGGACAGCGGAGGCGGCAAGAUAUUGGUCUACGUCUGGGCCCUGGAGCAGUCCAACAGCAGGCGCGGCUGGGACGAGGGCGCCGACCAGGACCAGUUGGUGCCGUGGGUCUUCAAGAGCAAGACCAAGACGGCCGACGGCGGCGGCGGCGACACGACCUAUCAGCGGUACUACCACUUGUAUAGGAAGGGCGAGCUCGAGGAAGACGUCGUCGCCGUCGGGGGCAAAGUUCUAGAUAGUGGCUACGACAAAGACAACUGGUGGGCUGUAGCCAGUCGAAUCAAUUAA